AUGAUUACAUAUGAGUUUUUACCUCAUGAGUAUUCCUAUGCUCUCUACCUCUCUUAUGAGUAUGAUCUUCAUCCCUCUCAUCUCAUGAUUCUCAACAUGGUAUCAGAGCGAUACCCGAGGGAUGAAGAUGAAGAUUGUGCUUUCGCUUACGAUUCUGACAGUUGUGAAGAAGAUGAAUCCGUCGAUGUUGCAAUUCUCAGCACUUCUGAUCAAGAUCUGGAAUUUUCAACUUCGCAAGAUUCAAUCCUUUUUGGCAGCUUCGCAAGUCCAAUCAUUCCAGUUUCUAUUCCUUCAAUUGCAUCAGAUUUUGAUGGUUUCUCCAUCAAGAUUGGGGCUAUUACUUGUUUUCUUGGUGAUUCUUGUUGUAGCAAUGUCGAUUUCGCGAUCACCACUUCGGAAGAACACAAACAAUUGAAGAAUUUUGAAACUGAGUUUGUGCCUUCUGCAGUCAGCCAGAAAUCGAAGAAUCAACCCGGUGUUCAGUCGUUCUCUUCUCCGAUCAAAUUCGAGCGUCAACAUGACGGCAACGUCCGAUUCUCGCAAGAUCAAGAUCAGAACAACAAGAAAGGUGAUACGCUUUCUGAUUUGCUAUUAUGUUCGUCGGAGAGCAUCACUUUCAUUUCUCACCAUCGAGCUUUCGACAUCACAGUUUUUGAUCCCGGUGGAAUUAUGUCAGUGAUUUACAGUUCCGUUGUUAUGCUCACUUUUCUGUCAAAGCUCAUUUCGAUGUAUUUUACUGUUCGUGUUUUUGUCUUCGAUCCCGGCGGAAAUCGCUGCUGGACUUAG